AUGCCUAUCGACACCUCCAACCAAGACAAGGGCGUUACCGGAGCCGCCAAAUUUGUCACAUCCACACUCGGUAACACGGUCGGCGGAGUCACUCGCACACUGGGUGGAGUAACUGGUGCUGCUGGUCGAGGCGUUGGCAACACUAUCACCAGCGCAACGGGCAGCACAGGUGAAGGAGUCGGGAAUGCGCUGGGCAGCGCAAGUUCGGGAAUUGAGAAUGGAGCAAAGUCGGUAGCGAAGGGUGUUGAGGAUGCCGGGAAAUGGAAAUGA